UCGAACAUCUUCUCUUAUCUGUUAUCACAGUGCAUGCUCGCGACUGUAAGUGCAUACCUCUUACGUUCGUACAGACGGACAGUCUCUCUCGCGCAAGGCAGUCAAUCACCAGUCUGUCAACCACUACAGUCACAUAAAAGAAUUCAACCAUCUGUCUUUCAUCUUUCAUCAUCCAACAUUCUGUCAGAACAACAAAACAACCAUUAUUGCCAAUCUAUCAAACACACCUAUCUUUAUACCUGUUGAACGCGGUAAAAGUAAACUUUCUCAUAUGUGCAUGGAAGCCUAUGUGCGGCCUAGAAGUGUACAGGUCGUUUAGUGUGAAAGCCUGAUUCAGAAGUUUGAUAUAAUGGCCCCCAGCAAACCUGAGUGGAAAAAGGGUUUCGCAAUCACUCCUGAUGACUCCAUCAUUGCACAGGAAUCACAAAGAACGAAUGAUGCAAAAGAUAACGUUCCUUUUGAGAAGGCUCCGUAUGUUUUUGUUGCCGAUAUUGCGGAUGCAUUGAUCAAUUAUCUUGCCACAGAUCAGAACACGUCAGAGGAACCCCUAAGGAAACGUCAGAAACUAACAACAGAAACGAAAUUAGAAUCAUCGAACGAUGAUGUUUUUCAGGAUUACAUCACAGUCAAACAAGCUUCGCUGGAAGUCAGAUGUCUUCGAUCAAAGUUGUCGUUAGACUUCACCACCUUGAAUAGGCAGAAGAUUCGUUUUACUAGCCACUGGGGCCGCCCGGGUAGCAACCCCGAGCCAUCUAGUAUCGUCCUUCGAGAUGAAAAUCAUAACUCUCUGCUUACCAUACCAUUAUCACUUGAAAACACGUCGAUGAGCAUUCAAAAUUCCUUCGAUGACGUACUCAUUUGUCUGAUGGUUGAUCGAGACUCCAAAAAGCGUUCUCAACAAUCAAGUAAGCUGUGGACAGAGGCCGGAAUAAGUGUGUACAAAAUGGGUGACUCAGAUUAUAUUCGGAUUGAUUUCACUAUCAAGUGGGAGGUUACAACUAAUCGAAAAUCGAUCCAGCCUAGAAAGACGGAUGCUUUGUUGAAGGUAUUAAACACUUACUUUCCCAAUCCAAAUAGCCCAAGCUUGGAACCGCUCUCUGCGCAAGACUUUUAUCAAUCUGCACACUCACCUGAUCCAGAUGAUGAAAUUGCUGCAUCGAUCGAAACACCGGGAUUGGAAUCAACCCUCUAUCCGUUUCAGAAGCGGGCCGUUCAAUGGAUGCUUCGUAGGGAAGGUUCUGAGUGGUCUCGCGUGGCUGGAUGUAUUGAAAGAACUCAGUCCAAGGCAAUAGGCCAAAUACCGCCUUCGUUCUUCGCCGCAACAGAUGUACAAGGGCGUUCUUGUUAUGUUAGUCAUUUAUUUGCAAUAGUCACCUUCGAUCUUGCUCCAUUCUUUUGGAUGGAUCAAGAUAUCAAAGGCGGCAUUCUUGCAGAAGAGAUGGGACUGGGUAAGACUGUAGAAAUGAUUGCCCUGAUAACACUUCACACCCGUCGUGAUCAAGACCCGUCUGUUAUCGAUGCUUCUUCUGGAGACACUUUGCACACAACACAUGCCACUCUAAUAAUAUCACCGCCUUCGAUUUCAAAACAAUGGAUCGGUGAGAUAAAGGCCCAUGCGCCAAGUCUCAAGGUUACGUAUUAUGAAGGUAUCAAGAGCCGGGCACUUGAAUAUGAAACCACAAUGAUAGAUCUUGCCACCUCUGACAUAGUCAUUACCACGUACUCUAUACUUGCAUCAGAGAUCCACUUCACCAGUCUCAAUCCGGAGAGGACGACGCUGCGCAGCAAGUCAAAAUAUCAGAGGCCUAAGUCACCUUUAAUGAAGUUUUCGUGGUGGCGUGUAUGUCUCGAUGAAGCGCAAAUGGUUGAAAGUGGUGUUAGUAAAGCCGCAACCGUCGCAAGGAUGAUACCUCGAAUCAAUGCCUGGGCAAUCACAGGCACUCCAGUCAGGAAAAACAUCAAUGACUUACUAGGAUUACUCAUUUUCUUGAAAUAUGAGCUCUUGGUCCCGGUGUGGCGAUCGCUUAUAUACUCCAAGCAAGAUUUUCACAAGCUUUUCGAGGCUAUUAGUUUGCGUCACUCAAAGCAAAAUGUUCGCGGAGAGCUUGUAUUACCCAAACAACACCGCUUCGUAAUUACUAUUUCUCUCGACCCAAUUGAAGAGCAGUUUUACAAAGAGAUGUUUGGCAAGAUGUGUCAAGAAUCUGGACUGGACACCGAGGGCGAGCCUCUCAUAGAUGGCUGGGACCCAAAAGACUAUGCUGAAAUUAUGAGACGAUGGCUUGUACGAUUGAGGCAGGCUACGAAUGCACUUCCUCCCAAACGAGCCACGAAGCGAAAGAAAAUCGGAGAUGAACCAAUGGUUCAAACUGCGAGUAGGGCCCUUGAACUUAUGUUUUCCCAAACAGAUGCUGCUAUUCGAGCAAAUUCACGAUCACUUCUUCUUUCCCAAUUAAAGAGGGGCCAAUUAUACGAAGACUCCCCUCGUGUUCAGGAAGCUCUGGCUAUCUGGAAAGAAUGCGUCACGCUCUCUUCCACGUUUGUAGAUCAAGCUCGGGAUGAACUAUCCGCUGAGAUAUUGUCGGAGAAGGCAAGACUGGCAUUUCAUUCAGACAGUAGUUCAGAUGCGAUAAUAGCAGAAACUCAAAAGACCACUACUCCGAACAAAGUUCAGAGCAUUGAAGGAAAUGGUGAGAGAUAUCUUGAGGGACAAGAUGGGUGCGAAUCUCUUUCAUCGCCCUUGACACGCUCUAACACGCCCUCAUACAGAUCAGAUCCUGCUUCAAGCGUAGUGAUGAGUCGAGCACGGCUGAGAGCCGCCUUGGAGCUUCAUCACAUGGGUUUAUUCUUCCUAUCGAAUGCUUACUAUCAAAUAAAAUCAAACGAGGAAAUGACAGUAGUUGAUUCCGCCGAGUUUGAGAACCUCGAUACGCUUGAGAGGAAGGGUUACGAAGAGGCUAAGGAGUUACGACGCGAGAUACUACAAGAUGCCUUCAAGAGAACAGAUAACAUGAUGACCGCAAUUAGGAAAGAUACAGAAUCUAGUACAGCUGUCCAGUUGCCUCAGUUUGUGCCUAGUACUCUCAGAGGGGGUCCCGAAAGUCGCCAGAUUAUGGAAGGAUUCGAAAAUCUUGGAACUAAUUUGGAUAGACAAGCACAACAAAUUAACGAAUGGCGAAACCACCUCAUCCAGAUCUUGUUGAGUCCAUUAGUCGACAACGAUGAUGAAGGCAUUGCCAUCAGUGGGGACGAGUAUGAAAAUUCUAUAAAAGUACAGGAAGAAGUCGUGGUAUAUGUUCAAGCAUUGCGGACAAUGAUUGCCGAUAGACAGGCAUCGUUGUCCGGCGUCCAAAAUUUUCUAAUCAACGAAGAAGCUAAAACGGCUUUCCGGGAGGCAAAACAUGGCAAAGGUCCUUUCCCAGAAAAGCUACUUGAGCUCGUUAACAUAAGGGACCUAUUUCUGCACAAGGGCAUUAGUGUGAGGGGGAUUUUAUCUGAGCUCCGGGCGCUUAUAUCUAAGCUCAAGACAAAUAAUUCCCAAAAUGAACUUUCGAUCGUUGAAGCUCAACUGAAAUUGGCUCACAACUAUCUCAUAGAUCAAACAAAAGCGGCCGCAAAUCUAGAGAAGGAGAUCGGGCUGUUCACAAAAUGCAUGAAUCUUCGAGUUGAGUACUACAAACAACUACAAGCAAUUUCAAAUCAGGUGGCCCCAUAUACAGGCCCCAAUAAUGAUGGUGUCAACCAAUCUUUUCUACGAAAGGAGCAUGCACUCACUCAAACUAUAGCUUCGCUGAGAGCCAAGAGAAGGUAUCUGGUUCAUUUGAAAGAGGAGGUCGAAAAUCCCAAAGAUAAGCGAACGUGUGUCGUUUGCAGAGAGGGAUUUGAGCUUGGAGUUUUGACCGUCUGCGGUCAUCAAUACUGUUCUGAUUGCGCCAAAGAAUGGUGGAAAUUAUCUCAUAGAUGCCCCAUCUGUAAAGAGAUGCUAAUUUAUGAAGAGCUUCACCAUAUUAGCUACAAGCCACAUGAGCCAACACUGACCGCAGAAACUGAUGGCAUUCGAGAACCGUUGAAGGAACGAUCAGUCAACUCGAAUUCCCCUCAAAAAUCUGCGAUCUAUUCAGAAGUCAGCAAAGCUACUCUCUCCGCCAUCAAAAGCAUUAAUUUACAAGAUAACAACUCAUUUGGCACCAAAAUCGAUACUCUUGCCCGACACAUUCUUUACCUUAGAGAAUCAGACCCUGGCUCGAAGUCAAUCGUCUUUUCUCAGUUUACCGAAUUCCUACCGGUUUUGGCUAGCGCAUUUGAUGCAUUUCGCAUUGGUCAUUCAUCUAUUGAUAGACCCAAUGGGGUUGAAAAAUUCAAAAACGAUCCUGGCAUAGAAGUUUUCCUCUUACAUUCUCGAGCACAUAGCGCUGGAUUGACUUUAGUCAAUGCCAAUAAUAUAUUCUUUUGCGAACCGUUAUUAAACACGGCAAUCGCACUCCAAGGAGAGUCUAGAGUUCAUAGAAUAGGACAAAAGUUUGAGACCAAUAUUUGGGUAAUGGUCAUGGGUAACACUGUUGAUCAGUCAAUCUACGAGCUAUCUGUCAAGAGAAGAUUGGAGCACUUAGGCCAUGCAACCAUAUCAAAAAAGGGCAAAGGGAGAGCGGUUACUGAUGAGGAAUUAGUAGCACAGGCUCUGGAAGAGGCCAAUAGUCUAGAGAUGCAGCAAUCAGCGCCCAGGAAUCUUCUUUUUAAGGGGCAUGAUGGUGAAGCCAUUUCGGAAAACGAUAUUUGGACCUGCUUAUUUGGCGGGAGAACAAAGCGUAGAACAGUAGAUCUUAUUAGUGGUGUUCCUACUGAUGUUUUGGUGAGUAUAGAAAAAUUGAAUGGGGCUAGUACGAUAAAUUGUCCGAUAGCGAAUGAUGCAUAGCUAGAAAGAAGGAAUAUUCAGUAUAGUACGGUAUACACCAUGGUGGAAAAUUCUUGACAUGAAUUAGAGAUGGAUGAUUAAGACCAAGUCUAGGGAUAUGCUUUGAGCUAUAACACAUGUUUUUAUUUUUAUUUAGCCACAAAACUCAUUACAAGGAAAUAGCUAUAAAUAGCUUGCAUGAUUCUCGGUCAUCGAGUCACUAGUAAAGGAGUAUACAGUUAGUGCCAACUACUAUCAGCUAA